CUGCUUUUUCGCUCUCGUCGUAGUGCGCGCCCGCGCCGCUCCGCUCCGUUCUCGCGUAUAUGUGUGCGAGUUUAUAUCAUAACCCAAGCGCGCACGUAGCCACACGAGAAAGAGAGAGACAGCGAGACUCUCGCUCCGAUCCGCGCAGUGGCGAAAUUAAGGUUAUGUAAAGAGAGGAGAGAAGCACAAGUAGGCGCGCUGGGAGAGCGAGCGAGACCGAGCGACGUACUGUACAGUGUAUAGAGGCAGGCACACUAUACAACCAUAACCCACGGAGAGCGAGAGCCGAGAACGAACGAACGAACGAACGAACGUACGAGCGCGAGUGCGAGAGAGACGGAGAGCUACGUAGAGAGACUCGUCGUGCUCGUAUACGCUCGCUCGCUCCGUGCACAGAGAGUCGUCGGAAGUGUACUGUGCGUAUGUAUAUCGCCGCGUUAUAUAGCCUAGCCUGGCACUGUGCGCUUUCUGUGUAUUAAGCCCACAAGAGAGCCGAGCAAAAGAGAGAAAGAGAGAGAGAGAGAGAGAGCGCGAGUUAUAUUAUAUAUCACAAGUGAACGAGGAGCGUUUGGAAAAAGUUGAGCAAUCGGCCUCAGUGCAGUGGAUGUCGUAUGCGUGUGCAUCCCGCGACGCAAAGACGAUAUCGUUCGGCACACCAGUUUCAUACAUCGCGAGGAGCCAGCAAAAGUCGCCGAGAGAGCUGCUCUGCUGCGCUCCCCGAGCCACGUCGUGCAUUGUGUGCGUGAUCGACUCGUGUGUGCGUCCGAGUGUGCGUGUAUAUUUUUCACGUAUAUAUAUAUUGCCCGACCAGUGCGUGCCCCUGUGUGUGAGUGUGUACGUGUGCGCGCAUUAGCAAAAAGAUAUACUACUCGAUAUACGUGCAAAAAGUAAUACAAUAUUCAAUAAUAAUAUCAACGCCGUGCACGGAGCGCGAGAAAGAGUCUCGCUGUGCGUGUCUGUAUAUGUGCCGUGCUCUGCUACACUGCUAAAAACUCCUUGGUGCCGUGCGCGCUUGUAUUAUAUGGACGCGGACCCAUCCUUGCUCCUGCUUGGGCCGUGCCUGUGCCGACGUCGUCGCUGACGCUCAUCGCAUUGUAACGGAGGCGCGGGUCGCCCUCAACGACAACGACGACGACAACAACCACAACAACAACAACAAUAACAACAUCAUCGGUAGCAGCAUCGAGUCUGCGUCGACAAGGAGUCGUCGGCCGCCGCCUGCAGCGAACCUCUCGACAACACAGAUAUAUUACAUACAUACAUACCGAAUACACACACACAGACACGCGCGAGUCGUAGCAGCAGCAUUAUAGCAGCAGAUCGGCGCGCGGAUCACGACGACGACGACGACCACGACGACGACCGACACGCGAUUCGUUAGUGUGAGGAGGCAUGCACGCUGCCGCCGUUACUGGCUCGGCUGACACGGCCGUACGCCGGCGAUGAUUCGCCAUCCUCGGCACCGCGUAACCUGGCAUCAUCGACUCGCACCCAUUAACGUCGUCGCCUACAACGCCGCAGCGACAGCAGCAGUGCUGAACAGUAACGACGUCGCAAAUCGCCACAACGUCAUCGUCAUCGACGACCUGAGCCGCCGCCGCUGUUGUCCGACGACGAGCAGCCGUCGACGUCGACGAUGAGCAGCGGCCGCAAAGUAAGUAGAGCGCCCAAGCAGCCGCGAGGCGGAGGAGGACAGGCCGGCGGCGGCGGCGGAGUAGCCGCUGCACAGUCACAGCCACCGGCCGUACCAGCCGCGACCACGGCCGGCUACAAUGGAGCCGCUGCCAACGCGUGCCGGGAUGCCGCUGUGCGCCGUCGGCUGAACGCCGCGGCCGGUGCCGCGCAGCAGCAGCAGCAACCCGACAAUGACGACGACUCGUCCUCGCCCGCGGCGACCAACUGGACCAACAGUCCCCAGACGAACAUGACCAGCUCGUCGCCGCAGCCCAUGCCGCCACCGCAGCCGCCGGGGCCGCCCACGAAUUCUUCGCAGCCUGGACAGAUGGGCCCGCCACCACCGCAGGCGCCUUCGCCCCACAGCAGUCACCCCCACAGUCCAGCGUCUGGCUACCAGGAUCAGUCGAUGCCACCCAUGCAGCCUGGCCAACCAAAUAAUAACCAGCCACAGCAUCCUAUGGCACAGCAAAAUCCAAACAUGUUUCCACCUCAUCAUCCUGGGCAACCGCCUCAAGGAUAUGGAGGUCCACCGAUGCCUCCAAUGGGCCAUCAUCAACAGCCUCCACCACAAGGCUAUGCAGGACAUCCUCAUCAAAUGCCCCCACACAUGGGUAUGCCACCCCCUCCACAUCCUUCACAUGGUCCAUCACAGGGUUACGAUGGAUCACAAAUGCAAGGAGGACCACCCCAGCAGCAGCCCCCUUCACAACCUGGAGGAUACCCUCACUCUGGGCAUCAAGUUCCUCCGCAUCCACAAUCGUCGCACCCAUCGCAGCAGCAUCCUCCUCCCCCGCAAUCGCCUCAUCAGCAAGGACCGCCGCAUUCGCACUCGCAGUCGCCGCAUCUGCAAGGGCCACCACAUUCGCAGUCGCCACAUGGGCCUGGCCCUCAUCAGCAGUCGUCGCAUAUGCAAGGUCCGCCACAUCCACAGUCGCCUCACCCCCAACAAGGGCCUCCUCCACAUUCGCAAUCGCCGCAUCCGCAAGGUCCACAUGCGCCAUCACCUCAUCAGCAGAUGCAGGGACCACAUGGGCAACCAUCACAUCAACAACAGGGACCACCACCCCACCAGCAGCCUCCUCCACACCAACAGGGUCCACACUCUCAAGGACCACCCCCUCAUCAUCAAGGUCCUCACCCUCAAGGACCUCCGCAUUUGCAAUCGCACCAUCACCAACCACCCCAUCAAAUGCCACACCAACCUCCACAAGGGCCCCCACAUUCGGGUCCGCAUUCCGACCAACACCAAGGAAUGCAUCAGCCCCCGCAUGGACUGUCACACCAACAGCACCCGCAUCAGUCUCAGAUGCCUGGUCCACAAUAUUACCAGCAUCAUCCUUCACAAGGAAAUAGUGGAGGUAUGGGACAAGGACCGGGUCAUCCUGGUUCUGCACCAGGGCCGCAACAGCAAUCUACUCCACAAGGAGGCCCAAUGAUGGGUCAUGGGCCUUCUGGUCAUUCUGGACCGUCGCCUUCGCCAGGACCUGGCAUACCUCAUCCAUCAGAGAUGAGACAAAAUUUGGGAAAUCAACAACAACCACCUGUAGGUCCAGGAGGUCCAAUAAAUGCAGGUGGCCCUGGAGGUCCCAUGAGUUCUAGUGGACAAAUGGGUCCUGGAGGACCAAAUAGUUCAAUGAGUGGCAGUGGCCCUGGUGGUCCAAUGCCUCCAGGAAGCUCUAUGGGACCUGGUGGGCCAAUGAACGUCGGUGGACAAGGAGGUCCGCUAGGCCCUGGAAAUCAUCAAGGACCUAUGAGUGCUGGAGGACCCAUGAACAGUGUGACACCAGGAGGUCCUAUGGGUGCUAAUGCAAAUAAUCCUAUGGGCCCAGGAGGGCCUAUGGGAUCUGCUGGACCAAUGGUCAGUGGUCCUGGAGGACAAAUGUCAAGUGGACCCGGUGGACCAAUAUCUAGUGGACCUGGAGGACCUAUGGGUCCAAGUGGUCCUCUAGGUGGACCAAACGUCGCAAUGAGUAACAGUGGUCCUGCAGGUCCAAUGGGCAUUUCUGGCCCAGGUGGACCAAUGAAUGCUGGUGUUCCAAUGGGCCCUGGAGGUCCUAUGGGACCAGGAGGUCCUCCACCAAUGGGACAUCCAAGUGCAGUUCAUCAAGGUCCUUCUUCUCAUCAAGGCCCCCUUGGUCAUCAGGGACCGCCAGGCCAUCAAGGACCACCUGGUCAUCAAGGACCGCCUGGCCAUCAAGGCCCCCUUAGUCAUCAAGGUCCGCCCAGUCAUCAGGGACCACCUGGUCACCAAGGGCCUCCCGGACACCAGGGACCACCAAGUCAUCAGGGUCCGCCUGGUCAUCAAGGACCGCCCGGCCAUCAAGGGCCACCAAGUCAUCAAGGACCGCCUGGCCAUCAAGGACCGCCCGGUCAUCAAGGACCACCGAGUCAUCAAGGGCCACCCGGUCAUCAAGGACCGCCUGGCCAUCAAGGUCCACCAGGACAUCAAGGGCCAGGUCAUAUCAGUGCAAAUGUGCAAAAUGGACCUUCACCCGCACCAAUGUCAGGUCCUGGUAUUAUGACUGGACCUGGACCCGGCCCAGGACCCGGCCCCGGUCCUGGUCCCGGACCUGCUCCACUACCAGGCCAAGGACAAGAAAAUUUACACGCUUUACAGAAAGUAAUAAAUACAAUGGAAAAGAAAGGACUUCAAGAAGAUCCAAGAUAUCUUCAAUUAUUAGCACUACGAUCUCGCCAGAGCAUAGGUGAAAAUAGUCCACUUUCUCCUCAGCAACUUCAACAGUUUCAUGCACAGUUGAUAGCAUAUCGGAUAUUGUUGCGAAAUCAACCUUUGAGUCCGCAACAAAUAAUGGCUGUACAAGGUCAAAGACCAACAGAACCUAAUCAAAGUCCAAUGGGGCCAACUGUUCCUCCAGGUGCUCCACCUCCUCCUCAUGGGCCUAUGGGAAUGCCUGGAUUUCCCCCAGGUCCACCUAGGAUGGGCCCUGGCGGUCCACCGCCACAAAUGCAUCCACAGCAGCAACCAGGUCCUCCACAUAUACAGCAACAGCAGCAGCAGCAACAACAGCAGCAACAACAACUGCAACAACAACAACAACAACAUCAGCAGCAGCAACAACAGCAGCAACAGCAACAACAUCAGCAAGGUCCACAAGCGGGAAAAGGCAUCAAAGUGACCACUAUGUGUAGGCCACCAGGCAUCGAUCCACUAGAAAUCUUGGAUGAACGUGAAACUAGGAUAGCCCGAAAUAUUUCUAUACGCAUUCAACAGUUGAGCAAUUUACCCCCUAAUUUGCCAGACGAUUUACGUAGUCAAGCCAUGACGGAGCUGCGAAUGUUGCGAUUACUCGAUUUCCAAAGGCAGCUUAGAUCGGAGAUCGUUACUUCAACUCGUCGAGACACGACUCUCGAAACGGUCGUAAACAUGAAAGCGUAUAAACGCGCAAAACGACAAGGUCUGCGAGAAGCUCGAGCAACGGAAAAACUCGAAAAGCAGCAAAAGCUCGAAGCCGAAAGAAAACGAAAACAAAAACACCAGGAAUUCUUGACCGCAGUAUUGCAACAUGGUAAAGAUUUGAAAGAAUAUCACCGAAACAAUAUGGCUAAAUUGGCAAGGCUCAAUAAGGCAAUCAUGAAUUAUCAUGCUAAUGCGGAGCGAGAACAGAAGAAAGAGCAAGAGAGGAUAGAAAAAGAACGUAUGCGUCGUCUCAUGGCCGAGGAUGAAGAGGGUUACAGAAAACUUAUCGAUCAAAAGAAAGACAAACGUCUAGCCUUCCUCCUAUCACAAACUGACGAGUACAUUGGCAAUCUCACAGAAAUGGUUAAACAACACAAGAUUGAGCAGAAAAAGAAACAAUAUGAAGAACAAAAACGUAAGAAAAAGAAGAAGAGAUUAUCAAUGGACGGUGAAAAUGGUGAAGGCAUUGACGGUGAAGACGUUCGAGUCGAAGUCCUUGAAACGGCAACAGGUCGCACAUUGACCGGUGACGAUGCUCCUCUCAUGAGCCAACUUAAUGCAUUUCUCGAGUCUCAUCCUGGUUGGGAAGCCGUCGAAACUGAUAGCGAAGAUGACGAAGAAGACGAAGAAAAUGAUGACGGCGAAAAUAACAAGGAUAAGAACGAAAAGACUGCCAAUGAGAUAGUGAAGGUGAAGAAGACCAUUGAAAAGGCCAAAGUUGAAGACGAUGAGUACAAAACAGAAGAGCAAACUUAUUACAGUAUAGCCCACACAGUUCACGAGAGCGUUACGGAACAAGCCUCGAUAAUGGUUAAUGGGCAGCUCAAAGAAUAUCAAGUCAAGGGUCUCGAAUGGAUGGUAUCACUCUUUAAUAACAAUCUCAAUGGUAUUCUCGCCGACGAGAUGGGUCUCGGAAAAACUAUACAGACCAUAGCCCUUGUGACGUAUCUCAUGGAGAAGAAAAAAGUCAACGGGCCUUUCCUCAUUAUCGUUCCUUUGUCAACGCUGUCAAAUUGGAUAUUAGAAUUUGAAAAAUGGGCGCCCAGUGUCGUCGUUGUAUCUUAUAAGGGAUCUCCAGCUGGCAGAAGAGCGAUACAAUCGCAAAUGCGUGCCACUAAGUUUAAUGUACUAUUGACUACUUAUGAAUACAUUAUAAAAGACAAAAGUGUCUUAGCUAAGCUGCAGUGGAAGUACAUGAUCAUAGACGAAGGUCACAGAAUGAAAAAUCAUCAUUGUAAAUUAACUCAAGUUUUGAAUACACAUUAUCUCGCACCUCAUCGUCUGUUGUUAACCGGAACGCCACUGCAAAACAAACUCCCAGAGCUUUGGGCCCUGUUGAAUUUCUUACUUCCAUCGAUCUUCAAGUCGUGCAGUACUUUCGAGCAGUGGUUCAACGCACCUUUCGCGACCACUGGCGAAAAAGUCGAGCUUAACGAAGAAGAGACGAUACUUAUUAUUCGGCGUUUACAUAAAGUUUUGCGUCCUUUCCUGCUGAGACGUCUUAAGAAAGAAGUCGAGUCUCAGCUGCCUGACAAAGUAGAGUAUAUAAUUAAGUGUGAUAUGUCUGGCUUGCAAAAAGUUCUUUAUAGGCAUAUGCAAAGUAAAGGCGUUUUACUGACUGAUGGAUCUGAGAAAGGCAAACGUGGCAAAGGCGGCGCGAAAGCCUUAAUGAAUACAAUUGUACAGCUUCGUAAACUUUGUAAUCAUCCAUUUAUGUUUCAACAUAUAGAAGAAAAAUACUGUGAAUUUUUAGGUAUUCACGGCACCGGCAUUAUCACUGGGCCACUUUUGUACCGAGCGUCUGGCAAAUUUGAAUUAUUAGAUCGUAUCCUUCCUAAACUAAAGGCGACGAAUCAUAGGGUACUACUGUUCUGUCAAAUGACCCAGCUAAUGACGAUAAUGGAGGAUUAUCUCAAUUGGCGAGGUUUUAUGUAUUUAAGAUUGGACGGAACGACAAAAGCAGAAGACAGAGGGGAUCUUCUGAAGAAGUUUAACGAUCCAGGAUCAGAAUAUUUCCUAUUUAUACUGUCUACUAGAGCUGGAGGGCUUGGUUUGAAUCUUCAGGCUGCAGAUACUGUAAUUAUUUUUGAUUCUGACUGGAAUCCUCACCAAGACUUGCAAGCUCAAGAUAGAGCUCAUCGAAUUGGGCAGAAAAAUGAAGUACGAGUAUUACGAUUAAUGACUGUGAAUUCUGUAGAAGAAAGAAUUUUGGCUGCUGCUAGAUAUAAGCUCAACAUGGACGAAAAGGUCAUUCAGGCGGGUAUGUUUGAUCAAAAGUCUACUGGCUCUGAGCGACAGCAAUUCCUGCAGAGCAUUUUACAUCAAGACGAUGCCGAGGACGAAGAAGAAAAUGAAGUACCAGACGACGAGACUGUGAACCAAAUGAUUGCAAGGUCUGAAGGCGAAUUCGAAUCUUUCCAAAAGCUCGACUUGGAGAGAAGGAGAGACGAAGCCAAAUUAGGACCUGCCAGAAAAGGACGUUUGCUCGAAGAAUCUGAACUUCCCGAAUGGUUAGUUAAAAACGAUGACGAAGUUGAAAAAUGUUGUUACGACGAAGAAGAUGAAAAAAUUCUGGGAAGAGGUUCGAGGCAACGUAAAGAGGUUGAUUACACGAAUAGUUUAACAGAAAAAGAACUGAUGAGAGCUAUCGGUGAUGACGGAUGUGAAUUUGAAGAGGAAGAAGAGGAAGACAAAAAGAAAAAGCAAACACGGAAAAGAAGAAAGAAAGGUGACGAAGAUGAUGAACCCAUUGUUAAAAAGCGAAGAGGUCAAUCGGGAAUGAAUCCAAAACUAAAAAGGUGUAUGAAAAAAAUCAUGUCAGCCGUAGUGAACUAUACAGAAUCUGAUGGUAGAGAACUAAGUGAGCCAUUUAUGGAAUUGCCGUCGCGUCGAGAAUUUCCAGAUUAUUACGAAAUAAUCAAGAAGCCCCUGGCGAUCAAUAAACUAUUGCAAAAGAUCGACGAGGGCAAGUACACGGACUUGGACGAACUCGAGAAGGAUUUUAUGCAGCUUUGCAAAAACGCACAAAUAUACAACGAGGAAGCGUCGCUAAUCCACGAGAACUCAAUUGUUUUGCAGUCUGUUUUUACAAAUGCACGACAAAAAGUCGAGGCCGAAGGUACGGGCUCCGACGACAAUAAAGACGGUGAUGAUGGAUCAGACGCAGAAUCUAACUCCAGAAUGAAGAUCAAAAUGAAGGGUAGAAAAAGCGAAGGCGGUGGCCGUGGAGGCCGAAGAAAGAGAAUAAGUAAAAAAUGUAUUUCUGAUGAUGAUGAUGCGGAUGAUCAUUGAAGUGUAUAUAAGCUUUAGAAAUCUGUAAGGUUUUAAAUUAUAUUUCGAUAAAUUUUUCUUAUAAGUAUAAUUCAUGAUUUUAAGACACCGAAAGUCGAUAAAAAGCUAAAUCAAUUUUUUAAAAAAAGAAAAAACAACCAGCUGUAGGAAAUUAUAGGCAUUUUUUUAAUUUUAGGUAAACUUAUAGUAAAAAAAUAGACUUGAAUUUCCUUCUAUCGUCCUAAUUAUAAUUUUGUCUGUAACCGAGAACUUUCACAGAAUGGUAAUUGUGUAUAUUAAUUAUAUACAGUAAAUGAGAUAGAUCGUACAUAAUAUAUAAA